AUGGACGUUAAAGGUUCUUUUGGAACAAAAGAUGCCAAUAAAGAACCUUUAUUUUUAAGAGUGUACAAGAUCUUAGAUUAUCCUUUGACAGAACCUAAAAGGACAUGUUUCAUAGUCUUUUGCUGCUUUACAGGUGUGGAAAUCAGAAAGAUCACAGACGCCCAUACUCCGUCCAGUCGCACAGUCAACAACACGCUGUACUACAUUCUGUCGACCUCCACAGCGCCCCUCCUGGAUCAGAGUCUGACCGCAGAAGAGCACGAACGCCUGGAGUCCAGUCUGAACUACGCCGACCACUGCUUCAGCGGCCACGCCACCAUGCACGCCGAGAACCUGUGGCCGGAGCGCCUGACCAACGUGGCUCAGAUCCUGCAGCUGGUGAAUCUCUGGAACCUGACCUUCCAGAAGAGAGGAUGCAAGGUCCUCGUGGCAGCAGGCACUCACGGUAUGAUGCAAGGCAUGGUCCUGAGUUUCGGCGGUCUGCAGUUCACCGAAAACCACCUUCAGUUCCAAGCCGACCCGGAUGUUCUUCACAACAGCUACUCUUUGAGGGGCAUCCAUUACAAUAAAGACCUUAUUAACCUGGCCGUGCUGCAGGACGCUGAGGGCAAGCCCUUCCUGCAUGUGUCCGUCAAGCCUCAGGAGAAACCCGUGAAGCUGUACGCCUGCGAGGCCGGCUGCAUGAACGAGCCUGUGGAGCUGACCUCGGAGCUGCGAGGCCACACGUUUCCGGUGAUGGUGACCCAGCCCAUCACGCCUCUGCUGUACAUCUCCACUGAUCUCACUCACCUGCAAGACCUGAGACACACGAUCCACGUCAAGGCCAUCUUGGCUCACGAGGACCACAUGGCCAAGCAGUACCCAGGCCUGCCCUUCCUCUUCUGGUUCAGCGUGGCGUCCCUCAUCACGCUUUUCCACCUCUUCCUCUUCAAACUCAUCUACAAUGAGUACUGUGGGCCAGGAGCCAAGCCGCUCUUCAGGAGUAAGGUAUAGCCAAAGACACGUGAAGACGAGCCGUUUUUGGGGGUGGGAACUGUGGUGUGUGUGAAUCUGCUCUCCCUCUUUUCCUCUUGCUCUCAUUAUGCGCAACUCUCAAAUUCUGCCUUGCAAGAUAUUUUUAUCUCUGGAAACUAAGUGACGAUAAUUGGUUUGGGUAACCCAUCAAACUGCUUUAAUUGGAGGCUCUGGUGUGCUGGAAAUAGUUGUCUGCAAUCUUCAGUUUGGGUGUUCUUUCUCUAUGAACCUCUUGAUGAACUGAAAGCACCAGUGCUCUAAAGACACUAUUCAGUGAGCUCAGUUUUUUCCUUGCAGUCUGACACAAUUAGAACUGAUUUGUGUCCAAAAAAGUAAGAAAGAAUAUUUAUUUUGUUUUAUAUGAAAUGCUAUUCCGCUUUGCAGAAUAACCAUUGAAGGACGGUUUUUUGAAUGUAAUUUAUCUCGUGACUUUCAGCAGACUUUCCCAUCUUUUAUAUGUAGUUUUACAGCUCAAGAAAGUCGGUUUCGAGUAUUUAUUUCAAUUUUUUUGAUGGGAUUGUAGCAGGUGAGGAGUCAAAUUUUAUUUGAUCUGAAAUUCGUGUGUAAACAUUUCACUGGUGCCUUCAAGUCUUUCUUCUUCCAAGUUGGUUUAAGGGGUUUUGUUUCUUUGAAAUCUGCUUUCUGCAAAGUCUUUUUUCUUUGUUUUUACAAUCUGGGGGUCUUAUGCAGGGGUCUUAUGUUUCAUCUAAAUGUGCUUUUUGAACUUUGAAUAUCUUGUUUUUGGUUUGGUGAGAUGAAAUUUCCAUUUCAAUUUGAACCCAAAUGCAUCAAGUUUUUUUCAUUGAUCACAUUCAUCCACCAUAAAGUCAUUUAUGUCAGAAGGUAAUGUCAGUACUGAUGGUGGUUUUUGGUGACAUUCUUGUCAGCAGGUAACAUAAACUGAUAGCAGUCAUCAAAAACAAGUUCAUUUCACCACAAAAUUAUAAAAAGAAAAUAAGAAAUUACAUUUUGCUUAAAAAUUAAGCCUUUUGAAAGAC